GUACCCGGAUGUUUUGAAUGUGGACGCAGUAGGAACAGCGUGACUUUUAAACUAUUUUAAUCCUUUUCUUUUUACAGAAUAAAAACAUUUUAAAGACCAAAACCACUUUAUUUUCACUUUAAUUCCCUCCAUUGAAAGGAUCAGGGGAGGUUCUCUCAGACUGACCCCGGUCUCGGAGCCUGAUGUGGGGCUUCGAGCUGCGUCCGCUCGCUGGAGGAGCUCCGGUCCCUGUGCCCCCAGGAGACACUGUGCUGGGCCGAGGACCACUGCUCGGGGUCAGUGAUAAGAGAGUUUCUCGGAGUCACGCUCUGCUGCAAAACUCUGACGGAAAACUGCUCCUCAAGUCUAUCCACGUGAACCCGGUCUUUGUCCAGACCAGCUCCGAGUCCAGUCCAAGUCCUCUGACCCGGGACCAGUGGAGGGUCCUACAGCCCGGAGACACCGUGUCUCUGCUGCCUGGACAACUCUGCUACGAGGUCCUCCAGAGACCGGACCAGAGACCGGACCAGAGACCGGACCAGAGACCGGACCAGAGACCGGACCAGAGACCGGACCAGAGACCGGACCAGAGACCGGACCAGAGACCGGACCAGAGACCGGACCAGAGACCGGACCAGAGACCGGACCAGAGACCGGACCAGAGACCGGACCAGAGACCGGACCAGGGACCGGACCAGAGACCGGACCAGAGACCGGACCAGAGACCGGACCAGAGACCGGACCAGAGACCGGACCAGGGACCGGACCAGAGACCGGACCAGAGACCGGACCAAAACAACGGAGACGAGAGGAGACAGGAGCGUGUGGACACUCAGAGGAACAGCGAGGUCUUUGAGGAGCGAGGACACGAUCGUAGGACGUCCUCUCCUAUUGGCCUAGACCGCACACAGACCCCGCCCACUCGGAGCACGGACCAAUCACAUGAAGAGAAGGAAAACUGUGGCCGGGAUGAGAGACCGGACCGAGGUCCAGACCAGAAACCAGACCGAGGUCCAGACCAGAGACCGGACCGAGAUCCAGACCAGAGACCGGACCGAGGUCCGGACCGAGGUCCAGACCGGAAAGUGUCUUCUCCCAGGACCAGAGUGCUGCCCUCCUGGAUGAUGUCUGCUGCUCCUUCAACAAGAUCCACCUCCAGCCCCAAGACAAUGAAAAGAGGAAAGACGUCCUCCUCUGCACCCAGACAGACCACGCCCCCUGUGACAUCACCAGUCCCCAGAGCCCCGCCCCCUGUGACGUCACCGGCGCCCAGAGCCCCGCCUCCUGUGACAUCACCAGUCCCCAGAGCCCCGCCCCCUGUGACAUCAUCGUCGGAGGGGGCGGGGCAGAGUGAGGGGGAGGAGCAGAGGCCGAAGAAGAAGAAGAAGAACAACGCCCCAGCAGAAAGUCCAGACCCUGGUCCUGGUCCUGGUCCUGGUCCUGGUCCUGGUCCAGUCUCAGCUGCAGCAAAAAGCUCCACACCUGCUCCAAGGAGACGUCCCUGUCCCUACGGCAACGACUGCUACAGGAAGAACCCGCUUCACUUCCAGGAGCAGAGUCACCCUGGAGACCCGGACUACGAGGAUCCAGACCAGGACCAGGACUCAGAUCAGGACUCUGAGAAACCUGAGUGUCCCUACGGCACCGACUGCUACAGGAAGAAUCUUCAACAUCGAAAAGAGUUCAGCCACACGAAGAGACCAGUCCGUCGUUCUCGUCCUUCGUCGUCCAAACGUCCUGAUGAUGAUGAUGAUGAUGAAGAGGACGAGUACGAGAGCAGCUUCAUCGACUCGGAGUCGGACUACGAACCUCCCAAACGCUCCAGGUCGUCCGAGUCCGAGUCCGAGGACCUGAGCCAACUUCAGAAGGAGGCCCGGGGCUUCGUCAGGCGCCGCACCUGAACCAGGACUGGACCAGGACUAAACCAGGACUGAACGAGGACUGGACCAGGACUGAACCAGGACUAAACCAGGACUAAACCAGGACUGAACCAGGACUAAACCAGGUCUAAACCAGGACUGAACCAGGACUAAACCAGGACUAAACCAGGACUGAACCAGG